AUGGCGACCAACAGUGCGCGCGGAAAUCCCAUUGGUGCGAGCGAAGGCCUCGCGGAGAGCACGAACACCCCGCCGUCGAUGCCGGCCGAGACGAAGCAGCAGAUCGCCAAUGCGACCCAGACUGGCGCUUCCGGCGUUCAUGCCUCCGGCCCUGACGCUGGUGCCGCUACCGGGGCCGCACCAAAAGUGAAGACAGAGAAAGAGUUGGAAAAGGAGCGCAAGAAGGCUGAAAAGGCCGCCAAGCUCGAGGCCAAGAAGGCAAAGGCCGCCCAGUUGGCUGCCAACCCUGCCAAGGAGAAGAAGGCCAAGGAGAAGAAAGAGGAGGAGGUUAUUCCGGAAUAUGUCGAAGAUACCCCCGCUGGCGAGAAGAAGCGCAUUCGACCGUUCGACGACCCCAACUUCAAGGCCUACGAUCCCAUCGCCGUCGAGUCAGCCUGGUACGACUGGUGGGAGAAGGAGGGCUUCUUCAAGCCCGAGUUCACCGCAGAUGGCAAGGUCAAGGAGGCCGGCAGCUUCGUCAUUGUCCAUCCUCCGCCCAACGUUACCGGCUCUCUGCACAUGGGCCAUGCCCUGGGUGAUUCACUGCAGGAUGUCAUGGUUCGAUGGAACCGUAUGAACGGGAAGACGACUCUGUGGCUCCCUGGUUGCGACCACGCUGGCAUUUCGACGCAGAGCGUCGUCGAGAACAUGCUGUGGAGACGGCAGCAGAAGACUAGACACGAUCUCGGCCGUGAGAAAUUUAUCGAGACCGUUUGGGAGUGGAAAGAGGAUUAUCACAAGCGUAUCAACAAGGCUCUGACGCACAUGGGUGGUUCUUUUGACUGGAGUCGGGAGGCUUUCACCAUGGACGCCAAUCUGUCUGCCGCUGUCGCCGAGACAUUCGUCCAGCUGCACGAAGAGGGCAUUAUCUACCGAGCAAACAGGCUCGUCAACUGGUGCACGAAACUCAACACCGCCCUGUCCAAUCUUGAGGUCUCCAACAAGGAGCUCACAGGCCGCACGCUCCUUGAUGUCCCCGGGUACGACAAGAAAGUCGAGUUCGGCGUCAUUGUGCACUUCAAGUACCCCGUUGAGGGCUCUGACGAGACCUUGGAAGUCGCCACUACCCGUAUCGAGACCAUGCUUGGCGACACUGGUAUUGCCGUCCAUCCCAAGGACGAAAGGUACAAGCACCUCGUCGGAAAGACCGCCAUUCACCCCUUCAUCGAGGGCCGCAAACUCCCCAUCAUCGCCGAUGACUACGUCGACAUGGAGUUUGGAACCGGUGCCGUCAAGCUUACACCGGCCCAUGACCCCAAUGAUUUCACUCUUGGCCAGAGGCACAACCUUGAGUUUAUCAACAUCUUGACCGACGAUGGUUUGAUGAAUGAGAACGCCGGCCCGUUCAAGGGUCAAAAGCGCUUCGAUGUCAGGUACACUAUCGUGGACGCCCUGAAAGAGAAGGGCCUGUACGUCGACAAGAAGGACAACCCGAUGAAGGUCCCUCUGUGCGAGAAGUCCAAGGACGUCAUCGAGCCCAUUAUGAAGCCCCAAUGGUGGGUUCGCAUGAAGGAGCUGGCUGAGCCUGCGAUCAAGGUUGUCCGAGACGGGCAGAUCAAGAUCCGGCCCGACACUGCUGAGAGAAGCUACUUCCGCUGGCUUGAGGACAUCAACGAUUGGUGCAUUAGCAGACAGCUCUGGUGGGGUCACCGAUGCCCGGUCUAUUUCGCCAGGAUUGAGGGAGGAUCGGGCGGUAUUCCUGAGGACAAGCUGUGGUUCUCCGGCCGGACACAGGAUGAAGCUCAGAAGAAGGCUGCUGCCGCUCUGCCCGGCAAGAAGUUUACCCUCGAGCAAGACGAGGACGUCCUCGACACUUGGUUCUCUUCUGGACUGUGGCCCUUCAGCACGCUGGGAUGGCCUAAGAAGACCCACGAUCUGGAGACCCUGUAUCCCACAUCCGUCCUCGAGACCGGGUGGGAUAUCCUGUUCUUCUGGAUUGCCCGCAUGAUCACCCUAGGCCUCAAGAUGACUGGAAAGAUCCCCUUCAAGGAGGUCUACUGCCACAGCCUUGUCCGUGACUCCGAGGGCCGCAAGAUGAGCAAGUCUCUGGGUAAUGUCAUCGACCCACUGGAUGUCAUCUCGGGUAUUAAGCUGGAGGAUCUGCAUGAGAAGCUCACCCAGGGUAAUCUGCAUCCCUCUGAAGUCCAAAAGGCGACCAAGUACCAGAAGACCGCAUUCCCCGACGGCAUUCCCCAAUGCGGCGCUGACGCCCUGCGCUUCACCAUGAUCAAUGCCAGCACGGGCGGCGGUGACAUCAACUUGGAUGUCAAGGUUAUUCAUGCCUAUCGAAAGUUCUGCAACAAGAUCUUCCAGGCUACCAAGUACGUCCUGGGUAGUCUGCCACAAGACUUUACUCCUUCAAAGGAGGGCGCUGUCAGGGGCAAGACGCUGGCGGAGCGAUGGAUCCUUCACAAGAUGAACACCGCCGCCAAGGAGAUCAACCAGGCCCUGGCUGAUCGGGAGUUCUCGAAAUCCACAAUCCUUGUCUAUCGUUACUGGUACGGUGAGCUGUGCGACGUCUACAUCGAGAACUCGAAGGCCAUCAUCAGGGACGGCACCGAGGAGGAGCGCAACUCUGCCAUUCAGACGCUCUACACUGCCCUGGAGGCUGCCUUGACGCUCAUCCACCCCUUCAUGCCGUUCAUCACGGAGGAGAUGUGGCAGAGGAUGCCUCGUCGCCCUGACGACAACACCAAGUCCAUCAUGCUCGCCAAGUACACUCAGUACAACCCCAUCCUGGAUGACCCUGAGUCGGAGACUGCGUACGAGCUCGUCUUGGGCUGCACAAAGGCCGCUCGGUCACUCAUGGCAGAAUAUUCCCUCAAGACGGACGCCGAGGUCAUUAUCCAGGCGUACAACGAGACAUCGCUGCAGACGUGCCAGAAUGAGGUCUCUUCGAUCAAGUCCCUCAGCGGCAAGGCUGUCAAGGACAUGAAGGUCAUCGGACCGGACGCUCCUCGUCCUGCGGGCUGUGUUGCCUACCCAGUCUCAACCAGCGCGGCUGUCUUCUUGCACGUCAAGGGACGCGUCGACAUAGAUGCGGAGAUUACCAAGGCGCAGAAGAAACUGGACAAGGCCAAGGCGACGGUCCAGAAGCAGGAGAAGAUCCUGGCCGACCCGGGCUACGUCGACAAGGUCUCGGCGGCUGUGCAGGAGACGGAUCGCCAGAAGCUGGCGGAUGCCAAGCAGGAGGAGCACAGCUUCGAGGAGACGAUCAAGCAAUUUGAACAACUGAAGCUAGAGUAG